CUCACCAGCCUGGCAGACAGGCGGUAAGCUGGUGGAGAGAAGAGGCGGAAGACGGAAGAUACCGGGGGUUGAAAUGAGCAGGACGCGUUAGAGUCGGUCAGUUUAAUACCCGAGAGGUCUCAGUCUGGUUCCCACCACAGUCAUUCAUGUUCUUUAAAGCAUCGGAGCGACAUCCACAAGUCACCGAAUGAGGAAACCGCUUUGUUUUGCGUUCCCUCGCUUCCUGCCUCGCCCCUAGCUGUCAUCUCUGGACUCAGCCGCGCGGAAAAACAAGAAAAACUAUCAAACAGGCAUCAUGGUCGCAGGCGAGCUCGUGCAGGAGCAUCUGCGCGCGGAUGCUGGCGCACCUGACGACAUCACGGUGGACAGGAAGACCCUCGAGCUGCAGGGAGCCGCCGAGCGAUGCGCGGGUCCGACGUACGGAGCGGCGCCGACGUGCGGCGCUGGGGAGACGGACAGCGAGCGGGCGCUGGAGCAGGAGAAGGAGGUGCCGGCGGAUGAAAGAGAGGCGAUGCUGCCCAACGGCGGAGGAGGGGAGGCGGAGGAGGAGAAGCUGGAGACGAGGCUGUACCGGCGCCGGUUCGCCGUGCUGACCGUUUUCAGCCUGUACUCUUUGGUGAACGCCUUCCAGUGGAUCCAGUACAGCAUCAUCACCAACGUGUUCACCCAGUACUACGGGGUGACCAACGAGGAGGUGAACUGGCUCUCCAUCGUCUACAUGGUCGCCUACGUGCCGCUCAUCUUCCCGGCCACCUGGCUGCUGGACCGGAAGGGUCUGCGGCUCACGGCCCUGCUGGGUGCCGGCCUCAACUGCGCCGGCGCCUGGCUCAAGUGCGCCAGCGUGAGCCCCGAGCUGUUCGGAGUCACCGUCACCGCGCAGGUCAUCUGCUCCGUGGCGCAGGUGUUCAUCCUCGGCCUGCCGUCCCGCAUCGCCUCGGUGUGGUUCGGACCGCGCGAGGUUUCAACCGCGUGCGCCACGGCCGUGCUCGGGAACCAGUUGGGAACAGCCAUUGGUUUCCUGUUGCCUCCAGUUUUGGUUCCCAACACGCCUGACGACCUUAAACUGACUGGUCACAACAUCAGCAUCAUGUUCUACGGCACCGCCGCUGUCUCCACAGGCCUCUUCAUCCUCACUGUUAUAGUCAUAAAGGACCGCCCGUCCCUCCCUCCCAGUCAAGCCCAGGCCAUCCUACCGGACUCUCCUCCUGAAGAUUACUCCUACAAGCAGUCCAUCUUCAACCUGCUGAAGAACAAAGCCUUUGUCCUCCUGCUCAUCAGCUACGGCAUAAUGACUGGUUCCUUCUACUCUGUCUCAACACUGCUCAACCAGAUGAUCAUGGACUGCUAUGAGAACCAGGAGCUGAAUGCUGGGAGAAUUGGUUUGACUCUGGUUGUCGCUGGGAUGGUCGGCUCCAUCCUCUGUGGCCUGUGGCUGGACCACACAAAGACAUACAAGAUGACGACUCUGAUCGUGUACAUCCUGUCGUUUCUCGGCAUGCUGGUCUUCACCUUCACUCUGGACCUCAACAACAUCUACCUGGUCUUCUUCACUGCUGGAGUCCUGGGGUUCUUCAUGACGGGUUACCUUCCUCUGGGCUUUGAGUUUGGAGUGGAGAUCACCUACCCAGAGUCUGAGGGAACCUCGUCAGGACUCCUCAAUGCUUUUGCUCAGAUAUUUGGGAUUAUUUUCACUCUGAUUCAGGGUAAACUGACCACAGACUACAAUCCACUGAUUGGAAAUAUCUUCCUCUGCGCCUGGAUCUUCCUGGGAAUACUGCUCACUGCCUUAAUUAAGUCAGAACUGAAAAGACACAACGUCAACAUGGGAGCAGCCGGCGACCACCUGCGAGCUCUUCCUGCCGACUGUCCCGGGGACCUCCCUUCAGAGAAGAAAGCCAACGGUGUCAAGAUGGAACCCUCGAUCAGCUUCUCCCGUGAAACCUCGCUGUGACCCUGCCAAGUCACUGGAUCGUAGGACAAAUAAGGUCUCCCUGCUGCCCUGGCAAACAUGUGGGCACCGUAGUCCACAUGAAGUAGCUAAAGGUGCACUUGAUAUUCAUUGCCAAGCAUAAUCUUCUCGAUAAUUGGAAUUUGAAUUGAGCCAAGUCUAAUCAAGCACAGCCACAAUCUACGGUGGAUUCACGCUGGGCCGGCGACCAAAAAGGCGAGGAGGGAGUUGGUCAGCGCUCCUCCCACGCUGUUUGACUCCUCUGCAGUUGGAUCCAGGUCCCUCCUGCUCCCAAAACACUUGCACAGAAGAAGCAUUACCUCCAACUGACAGAACUGUGGGUUUUAUCCCGGAAUGGUGAAAAGAAAAAUAUGCUAGCAACGACAUGCAGAAGAGGCUCGGCUGCACUUUAAUAGCACUGGAGGUGAAGCAUGGCGCUCCUGCUUUGGUUACUGUAUGUGAAUGUGGUUUAAGAGGAAAACAAGCGACCGGUUUCUAGAUCAGCAUCACAAGGCUUGUUGUGGUUGAAACAAAAUACACCUGGGAUUCUUGAUCGACCACAACAGCAGGUGAAGCGUUUGGAGGCUUCAGGUGUUUGGGGGGGUGGAGCUACAGAGCCAUGCACAGGGCCAGCGUUUCCUGAGUUUACUUGAAUUAUGCUUUCACGCUCCGGACUGGGGCUGUCGCGGUGGAGGAGUUUCGUUGCUUUAGGGCGGCUCAACAUGCGGUAGUAGCACUUUUGUUAGUAUGUUUCCUGAGUCUGCUGCAGCUGAGGUGAACUGGAAUAAUUAGCAGAGCGAGUGAGGCGGUGGCUUUGUGACUUUCUCCUGUGUGGCAGUUAAUCAAAAUAUUAUGAAAUAUCCGGAUCACAGCCACUUAAAUGCAUCAUGACAUACCUUUAGAAAUGAAGCAUUGUGCUGCUGCAGAGACGGAAGGGAACGUGCAUGUUUGGUGCAUUUUUUUCAGUCAAAAUGAAAUGAAAAAUCUUUGUUCCCACUAAAAUCGUCACUCAUAAAAAUCGUAAUAUUUGCCAAAUAAUCUCAACAUAAUUGAAAAUGUUUUUUUGCAUAUUGUUCAGCCGUGCCGCGUGCACUUUAAUGUGUGGCGUCAGGUGCGGUUGCGGUGGUCGGAUGCCAUCUCCUGUGGCUGGCUUGUCAUUGGUUACCGCGACAGCCCUGUUUGUGACCUGUGUGUUAAUGUUAAUGUUGCUUCAGCUGAUUCCUUCUUUACAUAUAAAACUGGUUAUGUCAGUUAUCAAACAGGAACCUCAUCUGAAAUCUGUUUUGAAGCUGAUCAUUCAUGUUUUUUUCUUCUACAAUGCUGCAGACCGAUCAGAUGGGCCGAAGAGCAGCUGCAAAUAAAUGUGCAUGGUUUGCUUUAGUCUGUGUAAUAAUGGCCGGUUGUUAUCACACAUGAUAUGACUGUACUGUAAGUCCGAGGAGGUCUAGACAAAUACAGAAGUACAUAAACUGACGCUGUCUAAGACCCUCACAGGUUUUUAUCAGCAGCUUCUUUUUUUCACAGAUGUUUACAUACGAAUGUGCUUUUUAUUUCCUGGGAUCUGUAAAUAGUUAAAUUAUGGCUGAUUGUGCAUACCAGGUGAAGUCAGCCCCUCAGCAAACCCGGAGGUCACAAAUGAUUGAGAAAACGUGAAGAACACUUCCAUCCCUGAGCUUUUUCCAUCUUUUGCUUCCCUGAAGUCUCCGCCGCAAAGAGGCAAAGAGGAUGGAGGUGAAGGGAGGGAAUGCAGAGGCCAUUUAGAACAGAUUAUCUGCUCUGAAGGGACAAACCUGACACUUUAUCUUUAUCAACGGGCUUAUUUACUGACUCCUUUCUUUCAUCCAUCGUUGGAUGUCCAAAGUCCAAAAGCUGCAGACUUGUUUUAUACACGACACUGUAAUUUCUCUCCGGUAAUAUGUACUGUAGAAUAUGAGGCAUGCUCAUCCAACAGAACUGUGCUGCAGUGUUUUCCUCCACAAACCACAGCGGACCAAACAGAAUGUGAACACGUUCUGAGCUCAGUGCACAAAACCAAACACAUGCACAACGUCAAGUUUUCUACCCCAAUGCACGACUUCAGGUGUGUUUUUAAUGUCACGCAUGUCGGCCAACAGCGCCAUCUUGUGGGUUCCUCCAGUAGCACAGAGCAACGAGGCGAGCAGGGUGGACAGGAGAAGCACAAAAGUGUUCAAUUCUUUCUGUAACAGAAAAAGAAGAAAAAGCAGUUUAUUUUCAUUUGUUCAUUUUAUUUCUGUCGUGUAAAAGUUCGACUUGUAGAAGGAAUUCUGCUUUUUGUAGCUUUCAUUACUCAUUUCUAACUCAAAGUGCUUUUUUUUUACUUAAGUGUGAAUGAAUGUUGCCAACUUUCACUGUUUCUAAAUAGAUGCUAAAGUGCUUUUAGCUGUUUAGUUUACUUCCAUGUUUGUGUGCAAAGUCUUACGCCCUGUCAGCUCUGGAUGAGGUUUUAAGUCUGAGAUUCAUCUGACUGAACAGAACAGCAGUGUUUUAGUCUGAAAGUCAACAUUUGACUUGUUUUCAUGAUAGUUUGAAGUUAAAUGAUUCUAAAAGAUAAACCCUAUAAACAAGCAGGAUUUUCAGUGGUAAAAAUAUAUUUAGGGAUAUUUUGGCUUUUUAAAAUGAGACUUUAUCAUCUUCACUCUCACAAGCUUCAUGCCAGCUAUUUGUUUCCAUGGAAACAGCAUCGAACAGCACUUUGACGACCAGUCAGUUCAGCAGCAUCAUGUUCGUUACUGUCGAGACUAAAACUUUUCAAAAUGAGUCCUCAAACAAAACCGCUUGUUGAUGACGGCUUAUUUUAGGAAUAAGUUGUCACACAAGUGUGAGAAUAUUAAUCAGUGUUGACUGUUCAACAUCAGAACAGACCUUUAUUAACCCAGUAGCAUGUUUCUACAAAGCACUGCUGAACCUUCUGUUUCACUUGUCUUUGGUUGAAAAUAUUUAUUUGCUUCUUUUUUAUGUUUUGGCUCUUAAGAAUUGAAGAUCUCAUCUCUCUAACAUGUGGUCAUAUAAUUUAUUUGUCUUGUCAAGUUAGGCUAUUUAUUAAUCACUGUGAAUAAAUUGUUAGAAAUGGCAGAGUAAGAUUAUAGAAAAGGAUUAAAAAAGCAUGUUCUCUGGACUGACAAACGCUGACAAUUCAAUGUGUGACAUCUCAUUUCAUGCUUUCAUAUUUUUAAAAUGUGCAUUUAUAAAAGUUUCUCUUCCAUCUCAUGCUUGUUGAACCAUAUUUUGUGUUGUCUCCAUCCUGUUUUCAACAUUUCUCUCUGUGACAGAAAUAGAUUUUAAAACAGAAAUCAGGAAGUGAUAUUAUGUUCUAGGUACUCUGACUAGCGCUGACACAAUUUCUGUAUU